AUGGAUCAUUUCAACCAGCUCGCAUCAACCUGGUGGGAUGUUGACGGGCCCCAAAGAAUACUACACAAAAUGAAUUUGCUAAGAAUGGAUUUUAUUCAAGAGACUAUCCGUAAUAGCUUGAAAUUGAAUGAAGAUGUGACCAAUCCUGACGAAGAAAUUUAUAUCCCUGGUUAUAGCUUAGACUUGCUACCGAAACCAAUCGCUGAUCAAAUUGUUCAAGAACAAGAAUUCAAAAGGGACUUAUUGAUAAGCCAAAGCACCAAAUUGAAAGCGUUGGAUAUCGGCUGUGGUGGUGGUAUUUUAUCAGAAUCUUUGGCCAGACUAAAAAGAAUUGAAUCAGUGAAAGGUAUUGACUUAUCUACAGAUGUUUUAGAAGCAGCUAAACUUCAUCAGAAACUGGAUCCUAUAGUUUCCAAGAAGAUACAUUAUGAAUUAUCAGCAAUUGAAGAUAUUCCAGCUGAAGAACAAUAUGAUAUUGUCACGAUGUUUGAAGUUUUGGAGCAUGUAAAUUUACCAAAUGAAGUUCUUGCAAGCGCAUUAAAACACGUCAAACCUAAUGGUUGGUUAUUCAUUUCCACUAUAAAUAGAGAUUUCAUUUCCUGGUUCACAACCAUAUUUAUGGGGGAACAUGUUUUGAAAAUCGUUCCUGUUGGAACUCAUCAUCUAGAUAAGUACAUCAACGAGACAGAAUUACAAGAUUGGUUUAAAGGAAACCCUGACUUUAAAGUUGUUAGCAGUAAAGGUUGCAUAUAUUUACCAUUCAAUGGUUGGUCAUUCACGUCAUCUCCUAAUGUUGGUAAUUUUUUCAUGGCAAUUCAAAGAACAAAGUAA